CUCGACUUCCUUGCAAAGCGUCUUAACUUUCAGUUUGCAAUUCUCACAAACAAACCAACACAGUUAAACCUAAUUGAAAAGGGUGUUGGUGCUAAGUACAACCUCACGCCGUUCAGCUGUUCAAUGUCGGUUGUGUGGCUGUACACGUUAAAUGUUUGCAAAAAUCUAGUUACGGCAUUUCUGGGGAUACUUAAACGUGUCACCAGCUGUGAAGCUGCUCACUAAUUUAUAUCACAAAAAUGAACUACCAAGAGGAACAAAACAAUGAAUUCGAGGCUUUGGAAUCAAUCUACUCAGAGGAACUGGAGGUGCUGUCCAGGACGGCUCCUAUCAAGUUCCAAAUUCCAGUGAAGUCAGAAGAGUAUGAUGGUGAAGCUGGGACAGGGUAUGCCUGCACGCUCAAAUUUACAUACACAGAAAGGUAUCCUGAAGAACCUCCAGAAAUUGAGAUAGAGGAUAUGGAGCAUUUUGGAGAUGAAGAUGAAAUACGAUUAAAGGAUCACCUCAUUGAACAGGCUGAAAGUAUUCUGGGUGAGGUCAUGGUGUUUACCUUAGUAUCAGCUGCACAAGAAUGGUUAUCAUCGACUUGGGAUAAUGCAAAGAAAUCUGCAGAAGACGAAAGAGAGAGAAGGCUGAGAGAGGAAGAAGAGGCGGAGCAUAAACGAUUUGAAGGUACUCUGGUCAACCCAGAAACAUUCUAUGCAUGGAAAGCUAAGUUUGAUGCAGAAUUCGCUCACUUAAAAGCUUCUAGACAAAAAGAUACAGGAAAACUCACAGGGAGAGAGAUGUUCAUGGUAGACAAAACACUUAUAGAAUCAGACUUGAAAUUCCUAGAGGAUUCUGAAGACUCCAAACCAUUUGAUGAUGAUAAUGUAAAAGUUGAGGUUGAUGAAGAUCUAUUUAAGGAUGUAGAGGAAUUAGAUAUUGGUGAUGAAGAGUUCUCAGAUUCAGACUGAUUCUGUCAAAUUAAAUUCUUUUUUCAUGUUCACUUCAAAAUUUGUUGAAAAUAUUUGACUGAUGUCAUUUAAAGCAUUAUAUCUGUUACAAAGAUCCUAUUUAAUUGUUGUGCUGUGCGUCAUUUGAAUUACUUGACAUUCAAGGAAAGUUAAUACGUAUUUGUAUGACUGGAAAUUGACUAACGUUAUCACUGUAAGCUUUCCUAUAAUUUUGUAUAAAGCAUAUGAUUUUUGUUUGUAA